AUGACCUUCUUUCUUGCCAUGACUGUCUUCCCCGAAGUCCAAAAGAAGGCCCAAGAAGAGCUAGACCGCGUCAUCAGCGGAAGCCGACUACCAGUUAGUAAAGACAAAGAGAAGCUUCCUUAUAUCGAAGCCAUCAUGAAAGAGACCCACCGCUGGCACCUCGUCUUACCAAUGUGCCUUCCACAUUGCAGCACCGAAGAAGAUGCCUUUCGCGGGUAUCGCAUUCCGAAAGGCUCCAUCCUUCUACCUAACAACUGGCAUUUUACGCACGACCCCGAAGUCUAUCCCGACCCGAUGGUCUUCAGACCAGAGCGCUUCCUCGAAACACCCACUCAUAAGAGUGAGCCUGACCCUAGAAACUUCAUCUUCGGAUAUGGUCGCCGCGUCUGCCCGGGCCGAUACGUGGCGGAUAACGCGCUCUUCAUUACCAUCGCCCAGACUCUCGCGGUGUUUAACAUCACCAAGUUCGUUGAUGGAGAUGGUCGCGUUGUGGAGCCGGAGGUGAAGUUUGAGCCGGGAGCGAUCAGUCACCCUGUGCCAUACCGUUGUUCGAUCAAACCGCGAUCGGAGGAUCAUGAGCGACUGAUCAAGGCUUCAGAGCAAUUGUUUCCUUGGGAGGAAAGUGACGCCAAAGAGCUGGAAAAUAUAAGCUGGUAA